AUGUCUGAUAGUGUUCCUCCUCUCUCUGCAAUGGAUGAAACACAUUCGAUCAGCCCCGAGAAAAUUGUUGAAUCUAAUUUGGAAAUUCACAAAUAUUGUGUAGAAUAUUUAAAUGAAGAAAAGAUUUACAUUUUGGUGAUCAUCAACUCAACGAAUCAAGCUUGGGUGUGGGUUGGAUCUCAAGAAGCUCCCACUUUUAAAUAUCUUUCUAUUGCCAUGCAAUCUAAAUUGUCUCCGACACCAAUUUGUACUUCUGUUAUUGGACAUUCAUCAAUGGGCCUUCCUUCUAUUAGCUCUAGUAUUGCGGAGAGGCUCACCAUGAAAUUCAAACGAGUUUUCAUUGUGAGUUAUAAUUUGAAGGAAGAUCAAGAUGGACAAUUACAAUUAUUUGCAGAAAAGAAUGUAUUUGAUAUUUUCAAAAAACUGCUCAAUUAA